GUGUUGUAAAAUGGAAGCAAUCACACGCAAGCUGCCUCCGAAUCCGCGCCAGAAUGCCAGCAUCGUUUCUACCCUUACCUUCUGGUGGACGAUCGAUCUGUUCCGGAAAGGGUACAGCAAGGUGUUGGAGCUGCAGGAUCUCUUCCGCCCGCUCGAUGUCGAUCGUUCCGAUGUGCUUGGUGAUCGGUUGGAAAAGAAAUGGUUCGAGCAGCAAGCCGGACCCGGUCGGCCAUCGCUAGUAAAGGCAAUCUUCAAAACAUUUUGGCGCGAGUACGGUGUGCUCGGGUUCAUUACCAUCAUCAACGAUAUUGUCAUCCGAUUAGCACAGCCGAUCUUUCUCGGCUGGUUACUGCUUUACUUCCGGAAAGAUUCGGAAGUAACACGCGAAAGUGCGUUCAUGUAUGCUGGUGCGAUCGUACUGCUGAACGCGCUAAGCGUCAUCACGAUCAAUCAGUACGUGCUGGGCAGCUUUCAGAAUGGUAUGAAAGUUCGGAUAGCGGUGUGCAGUGUGAUCUACCGCAAAGCGCUACGUCUAUCACGUACCGCACUCGGCGAUACGGCCCCCGGCAAGGUGGUCAAUCUGCUGUCGAACGAUGUGAACCGGUUCGAUAUCGUGUCGGUGUUUCUACAUUCCAUGUGGUCCGCCCCACUGUUGGCGAUCGUGAUCGGGAUACUGCUGUACAUCGAGAUCGGUGUUGCCGGUCUCAUAGGAAUGGUGGUGAUCUUCAUCGUAACACCCAUCCAAUCGUACACGGGCAAACUAACGUCACGCUUCCGGCUACAGACCGCUCUCCGUACGGAUGAACGUAUCCGACUGAUGGACGAAAUCAUUUCCGGCAUUCAGGUGAUCAAAAUGUAUGCCUGGGAGAGGCCGUUUGCGAAGCUGAUCCGACACGCGCGCCAGAUGGAGCUGAAGAUCGUACGCAAGAGUGCGUACGUGCGCGGUCUCUACAUGACGUUUCUGCUGUUUACCACCCGAACGGCCCUAUUCUGCACGAUGAUGGCGAUGGCACUGCUCGGCGAUGAUCUAACGGCGGCCAAAGUGUUUGUGAUCGCAACGUACUUUGGCAUUCUGGCAAACACGAUGUCGGCCAUGUUUGUGCGCGGUAUUGCGGAAAUUGCCGAAGCAAUGGUGGCCAUGCGACGGUUGCAACGGUUUCUGGAGUUUGAGGAAAGGGAAGCGGAUGCAUUGCCGGACAGCAAAAGCCGACUGUUGGCCGAGUUUGGGCUGAAUGGAGAUGCGACCGAGAAGCAGCGCUUGAUCGAAUCCGAAACUCAGCUACCACCAACGAUUGCCGUGUCGAUGAAGGGUGUAACGGCUCGGUGGGGUGCUGUCCGCAAGCAGGAAGACUUUCCACGCAAGGGUGAAAAACAAGCGAACGGGGGACUGAAAGCGAUCGCGGACGAAACCGACGAAAUACCGCCAACAACCCUUGCCAACCUAAACAUUGACUUCCGGAAGGGUUUGCUGAUCGGAGUGAUUGGACCGGUCGGGGCGGGUAAAUCUUCGCUGCUGCAAGCGAUCUUGCGUGAGCUGCCACUGGAAGCGGGCUGUGUCGUAACGCAGGGCAAGUUUGCGUACGUAAGCCAGGAGCCGUGGGUGUUUUCCGGUACCGUACGCCAGAAUAUCCUUUUCGGACAGCCAAUGGAGAAGGAACGCUACGAUUCGGUGGUACGAGCCUGUGCUCUCGUUACGGACUUUGAGCAACUGCCGGACGGUGAUCGUACAAUGAUCGGUGAACGUGGAGCUGCCCUUUCCGGGGGACAGAAAGCUCGCAUUAGCUUAGCACGGGCUGUGUACCGACGGGCAGAUGUGUAUCUGCUAGACGAUCCGCUCAGUGCGGUUGAUGCGCACGUUGGACGACAUCUGUUCGAUCUGUGCAUUGGACCACAGGGACGACUCGGUUCACUUCGGGCGACGCGCAUACUCGUCACGCAUCAGGUGCACUUUCUGAAGGAAGCCGACUGGGUGGUGGUACUGAACGAGGGCCAGGUGCAGGCACAAGGUACGCCACACGAUCUAUCACAGAGUGGGAUUGAUUUCGUGGAGCUGGUAGAGCGUAAAGGUGACGAUGGAAGUGAACCAGAUGCUGGUGGUGGUGGUGGUGGUGACGCAGACGGUUCUGUUGGUGGUGAGAAGUGUAGUCGGCGGGAUUCGCGUGCAUCGGCUCGUUCGGGCGGAUCAUCUACGCACGGCGAACAGAUGGAUGAUGAGCGUGAACUGGCGGCUGAUGCACCGGUCCAGAGCAAUAUGGAGGGUACGUCACGGGGCAAGGUACAAGGCUCGCUGCUGCUGAGCUACCUCGGAAGUGGUGCGAAUGCAGCGGUCAUGUUCUUAUUGCUGGCACUGUUCCUAGCGACCCAACUUGCGGCUAGUGGUGCCGACUAUUGGGUUGCUUUCUGGACCUCACAAGAAGAGCAACGACUGUUCCGAGCAGCUCAUCCGGAAAACUCCACAACCGGCUUGGAUGGAUCUGGUGAAGAACUUCGCCCACUGCUCAGUACGGAAACCUGCAUGGCCAUCCAUGGUGCGCUGGUGGGAAGCAUCUUUAUCAUCGCAAUUACCAGAUCGAUCAGCUUCUAUCAGACGUCGGUUCGUGCUUCACAAAAUCUGCACGAUUCCAUGUUUGCCGGCUGCGUAUCGACCACGAUGCGCUUCUACGACACUAACCCAUCCGGUCGCAUUCUGAACCGUUUCUCCAAGGAUAUGGGCUCAGUCGACGAGUUGCUACCGAAAGCGAUGCUGGACGCAUCACAAAUCAUUCUCAGUCUGUGCGGUACACUUGUCGUGACAGUGAUCGUUAAUCCGCUCUUCCUGAUACCGCUAGCCGUGCUCGGUAUUGUCUUCUGGCUCGUGCGCCGUAUCUACCUCAAAACGUCGAAAAACAUCAAACGGCUCGAGGGUAUAACGCGAUCGCCCGUGUUCUCGCAUCUAUCAGCCUCGCUGGCCGGUUUACCGACGAUACGUGCAUUUGGUGCACAGAAGGAACUGAUCCGCGAGUUUGAUGCACAUCAGGACAUUCAUACCGCUUCCUUCUACAUGUUCAUCACGGCCAGCACAGCGUUCGGGUUUGCGCUCGAUCUGCUCUGUCUGAUAUUUGUGUUUAUCGUCGUGUUUAGCUUUCUUCUCUUCGAACAGGACGCUUUCGGUGAUCGGGUCGGGUUGGCCAUCACGCAAGCGAUGGCCCUUACCGGCAUGAUGCAGUGGGGCAUUCGGCAGAGUGCCGAGGUUGCGAACUUUAUGAUGUCUGUCGAGCGAUUGCUCGAGUAUCGUGAUCUAGCGCCCGAACGGCAACCGGAGCGUCCACGAGCGCUCAACACCAACUGGCCGGAAGAGGGUCGGAUCGAUUUUAAGAACGUGACGUACCGUUACUACGAGGGUGCGACAGCGGUACUGCGUGAUCUAACGUUUGAGAUACAGCCGCGUGAGAAGGUCGGUAUCGUGGGACGUACCGGUGCGGGCAAGUCGUCUUUGAUCGGUGCCCUGUUCCGGUUGGCACAGGUCGAAGGGGAAAUACUGCUCGAUGGUAUCGAUACGGCAGACAUUACGCUGGAAAGCCUACGCUCGAAGGUGUCCAUUAUUCCGCAAGAUCCGGUACUGUUUUCCGGUACGUUGCGCCGAAAUUUGGACCCGUUCGAAGACUAUCCGGAUGUGGAGCUGUGGGGCGCGCUGGAGCAGGUAGAGCUGAAGGAGCUUGCCAAUACACCGGCCGGGUUGCAGAUGGCAGUAGCGGCCGGUGGAUCCAACUUUAGCGUUGGCCAACGACAGCUGAUUUGUCUCGCGCGUGCAAUACUGCGCAACAAUCGUAUUCUGGUGCUGGAUGAGGCUACUGCCAAUGUGGAUCCCACGACGGAUCGCUUGAUUCAAGACACGAUACGGCACAAGUUUGCUGACUGUACCGUCUUGACGAUCGCCCACCGGCUUAACACGAUCAUGGACUCAGAUCGCGUGCUAGUAAUGGAUGCUGGCCAGGCAGUGGAACUGGGCACACCGUACGAGCUGCUACAGCUACCGAUAAGCAUCUUCCGCGAUAUGGUACUCGCUACCGGGCCGGCCGAAUCGGAACGUUUGCAGCAGAUCGCACAGCUUAAGCACGAACAAACGGUUGCACAGGUGCAACAGUGA